AUGUCCGACGACGAUGAGUACUAUGAAUUCGAAGAUGACUACAUGUACGAGGAUUUAGGCCCAGAUAUGGUCGACGAUCUCGCCGCUUCCUCACACUACGAAGCCGCCCUAUACGAAGAUCCAGGGAUCGAUGUCGAAGACUAUUUUAGCGACUGGGACUAUUAUUCAGACGAUUACCACGACGAUGACUCGACCGUCGACCAAAGCGCAGAGAGAAAGAAAAGAACCGAGAUCGCAGCGAUAGCACCGCGACGAAAGGCUUCUUCCCGUCCAAAAGGCCACAUCGCCAGGAUUCCGCCAACAAAAUCCCCACUGGUGCCUGAUACCGCCUCCUUUCAGGGCGUGGUGUGGAAAACGCCCGCGCUAGACCGGGAUCAGGACGUCGCCACUUUGUACGAGCCGGACACGGGCGAGAAAGUCGCGCUUCUAGAGAACUGGCGGGAGGUCUUCAAAUCUUCCCAGCCCGCGUUGGAUAGGUCGCGGUUGAAAAGGCGGAACGUGGUUGAGUCCAAGACCGUCGAUCCCUCGCUGGCUGACGAUGAAGUGUUCGCUGGUGACGGUGCCGACGACCAGACCGAUAGCUCGAACGAGAUGUCCAAUGUUAACUCGCCGGAUAAUUCAGGUGUUGGUGCCGGGGAUACUGGAGAUGCUUCAAAUACAACCCCGGACCCGGACCCUGACUCUUUCCGCUCGCUGAAACUCUCUUCGCCACCGAAAGUCGUGAUUCCGUUGAAGAAAGGGAGCAAACGGAAGGUCGUUUCACAGAAGGAUGACACUGAUGAGGACACGGCGCCGCCUCGUCCGAAGAGGGUUGCGUUGCGGAAAGACGGUGGUCACGAGCCUACAAAGCGUGGUGCGGCACCGCCGGUGCGCAGAUCAGCUAGACAGAAGAAGUAG